AUGGUCACGGAUUUUGGCUUCGCCAAGAAGGUAAAGGGUCGCACAUGGACUUUGUGUGGAACACCUGAAUAUCUGGCCCCGGAGAUCAUCCUUAGUAAGGGUUACAACAAGGCCGUGGAUUGGUGGGCUCUUGGCAUCCUGAUGUAUGAGAUGACAUGUGGCUAUCCUCCUUUCUUUGCCGAUCAACCGAUUCAGAUUUAUGAGAAGAUAGUAGCUGGAAAGGUGCGUUUUCCAGGACACGUCAGCGCGGAUCUAAAGCAUCUUCUGAGAAAUCUUCUUCAGAUUGACUUGACUAAGCGAUAUGGAAACCUGAAAAACGGCGUAAAUGACAUUAAGAGCCACAAGUUCUUUGAAUCUAUCAACUGGGUCUCAAUCUACCGACUUGAGAUAAAAGCGCCCUACAUUCCGCCCAGCAGUGGCCCCGGAGAUGCCAGCAACUUCGAUGAUUACGACGAGGAACCGCUUCGGAUCGGCACUGUUGACUUAUGCACAAAAGAAUUUGCAGAUUUCUAG